CUUAACGAGCCCCGCCCUUGUUUUGCAAGAAGACGCCUACGACAUUAUGAAGCUCCUUUUUAUAACUCUCUCUUUCCUUUUCUUUGCAUUUGCAGCAGAUGCUCAAUCUGCAAGCAACCUCAGCUCUUAUGGAAGCGAAUUCUUUGUUGGGUUUUAUGAGCAUGUCCACACAGGGAUCACUCACAUAUUUUAUAUCCACACAAAGCUAACCACUUCUGUCUCUUUCAGCAUCUCUUCACUUGAUGGGGUCUUCUCUUACACUGGAACUACCACCAGUCAGAAUCCAGCAGCAGUCACUAUACCUGCAUCAUAUGAAGUCCGAGCUGAAACUUCCACCUACAGAGAUAAAGGUCUGAGAGUCACUUCUCUGGAGACCGAGCCUAUCUCUGUCCUUGCUUGGAGUUACCGUAGUGCAGCUGAUUACAUGUCUUAUUUAGCUCUUCCUUGUCACGCUCAACCCACAACUGAAUACACUUAUUAUGUUGUGUCCACGUACGGUUGGUCGAGCCAGAAGAGCCAGUUUCUCAUCAUUGGCUGCAAGUUUAAUACAACUAUCACAAUAAUACCCAAUAACAGGAUAUCUGUGCCUGCUGAUCCUCAAGUUAGCAGUUCUCCUAUUGUUAGCAUUUUCCCUGGUAAUACUUACAAGUUUACUCUUAAUUCUCUUCAGACCUUUUUUGUGUCUGAGUCUUAUGUUGAUUUAACUGGUACUAUGAUUGUUUCAAACAAACCAAUAACUGUCAUAAGUGGGCACGAGGCAGCACAGGUUCCUACUCACACUCUUGAUGCUGAUCCCAUUGUCACUCAACUCACUCCAACCAUCACCUGGGGCAAAAGAUUCCUCCUUGCUCCACACUACAGUCGCCAGAAUGGUCAGAGUUAUAAGAUACUGGCACUAAAUAACAUGACUAGUGCUGUACAAACUUGUGCCACUUCAUCCGGGAACUACAAUGCUACCAAUAUUACGUUUAAUGCUAAUAACACUGCAUGGGUGUAUACCCUCCAGGGUACUUACUGCAGCAUCAUUGCAAAUGACUCCAUUUACGUUGCUCAAAUAGGUGUCAGCUCUAACUAUGCUCAAACCAGCAGUGGUGAUCCUGCCCUUUAUACUAUCCCACCUAUAGAGCAGUACGAACAGGAGGCACAGUUUACUUCAUUCACACAGGCAACUGGCUAUUACAGUGUUGUUGUGCCUAAUGAUUCCUACUUCACCAACAGUCUGAGGAUUAACGGCUUUGUACAAAACAUCACGUUCAUCCCAAUAUAUUCUUCUAACGGAACUGUCCUUGGAUAUGGCUACUCAGCUUCAACUUCGGGCAGUAAUAUAAUAUCACAUACUAACUCUCAAGGACGUCUUUUUGUAUCCGUCUAUGGGUUCACCACUUAUGGUGGAUAUGGAUAUCCUGGAAGUAUGAUGCUUAAUCCUAUAAAUGGUGAUGCUGUCACAUCUGUGCCUGAGGUUACUUUCUCUGAUACUGAGUUCACUGUCAAUGAAGGAGAUGGAAUGGCGUAUGUGUAUCUUGAGACAAACGAUGCUGGACUUCAAGCUAACAUCACAGUUAGACUGUUUUCUAACCCAACAACUGUAGACACUGCUCUCAUUGGUCAAGAUUAUUCAUCAUUCAGUAUUCUAGUCACAUUCAGUGGUAAUGAGACAACCAAGAGUGUUUCUAUACCGAUUAUUGAUGAUGAUUAUGCCGAGCCAACUCAAUACUUUACCAUAAGCAUUGAGAGUCCUAAUAAAAAUGACGACAUCACUUUUCCAAUUACAGAAGCAGUCGUAAAGAUAAUUGACAAUGAUGCCAUUGCGAUUGGCUUUCUGGAUAGUCAGUUUUCUAUUGGAGGCAAUGGAGGUUUGACAUACAUCAAUGUUGGGAUUGUGAGUGGUAGUCUGGAGCCAGAUGGUUCUUCAACCUUCACGCUAGAAAUAAUUAUUGUAGAAGGUCAAAAUUCCAGCUUUAUUUCUGGCAGUCUGUCCUCAUUCAAUCCAGUAAUAUCCUAUGGUUUUAACUUGUCCCAGCUCUCAACCUACAACCCUAACAGUACUAAUCAGAGCCUUUCUGCACUGCUAUCUGUAUCAGCUGCAUCAAUCAAUGUUACGCUGGAAAUGGCUAAUGCUGAAAUUGUUCCAGUAGUUCCUAUUUUCCCAUCAUCAGCUCAAGCAUUUAUGUCCUCCUCCGUAUUCUCUUCAAUGAUGGGUAUGUAUUCAUCAUCAAUGAUUGUGUGCUACACUACUGGCAUGGGGGAGUCUUCUAGCACCAUGAUAGCUCCCACCUCCAGCAGUUCCAUGGCUAGCAGUAGUUCAACCACCACAAACGUCCCAGUCAGCAUAAGUAUAAUUACUGUUUCAGAAUCAGCCAUCAUGACAACGGUUCAUGACACUGUUAUUCAAACUGCUACUGUAUGUCCUUCAUUGGGUAAUACACCACUUUUGAGUAUCAGCACAACCACUUACACUACCACUGCUACAGUAACAGCUUCUGCUUCAGCAUGCCGUUCAUCUAAUAGCUCAACACCUACUCGUUCAUCAUCUGAUAAAUCACAGCCCACACCUGAAACUAAUGCUUUUACUGAGAAGAUAGAAGUGGUGGGAAGCGCUUUAUAUUUUGGUAUUGCUGUUAUUAUAAUUGCCGUUCUUGUCCUAAUUGCAUUGUCAAUAUUUUGCUGCGUGUUUUGUUACAAGCGGGGGCACCAGAAGGGGCGAAUCUCUGAGAUCAAGUUUGACAGAGAGAUUGAAAUGUCUGGUACUAACCCGCUUUAUGAUGAUCCAUCAGACACUAUGUCGUACCGCAGCUCAGUUCCAUCUGUGGAUGAAAAGAAACUACUGCAGUUUAUGCAGUGAAAUGAUACAAACAGCAAGUUUUAAUAAAGACAUUGUGUGUGUGUGUGUGUGUGUGUGAAAGCUAUAGUAUAAAACUAAUAAUAACUUUUUAAUCUAUGUCCGUGUUAUUGCUGCAUAAUAAUAGUGUGUGUUUAAGCUUUAAUUAGUCAGUUUUGUAAUUUUAAAAAAAUUGUUUUUGCUGGAGGAAAAAUAA